AUACCAGACGUUGUGCGGCGGGGAGCUAUCGUUGCACGCUCUCGAUGACGUAUGACAGGAAAGGAGAUUCAUUUUGGUUAUGAUUUAUUGCCCCUAGACUGAUUGACGGGAUCACCAAUGGAUAACAAUUGACGCUGGACUUACGGGUGCUUGUCAUACCCUUUAAAAGGCCUAAAAGGAUUCCCUGUGGUUCGUCGACUCCAGAGAGUGGCACUGCCUUGGCACUGACGAGUGGCAGAUUCGCCGAGUCGUCGUCCUUGACAGUGCGUCGAGUUGCUGGCAUGCAGAGGGAUAUACGAAAUGCCAAGUUCAAUGGCACUCUCAACGUUCAUUGACAUUUUGAGGGAGUUUAUGAAUUUUUAAUUGUGAGGAUACCGUGGUAAAAGACGGGCUGACAGAUUGGCUAGAGUGACUGACUCUUUAGUUGUUUGUGUUUGUAUCUCCUGGAAAGCUUUGCUGCUUAGAAGAGUAGCUAAAAGAGCAAAUCUGCCAGUCACGAGUUUUGCAGAACCGUUAAUGGCGAAGCAGUGAUGUGGUGUGAAGUUUCUCCUCCGCACACAGAAAAAUAGAACAGAACUUGAUCUGGUCUGUUUUCUUCGGCUGAAAUGUUGUAAACAAAGAGGACGAUAAUAUUGAUUUUGGCUGACGAUGAUCAAGUUCGUCUUGCCGUUAAUGAGAAAUGGGCAUGAUUUGACGUUCCUUUGAAGCCUUUAGAUAAAUGAGUAGCUAUUUUUUUCUGCGUGGUUAAUGUCCUGGUCAUUUUUCCCAUCAGAAGGGAGAUAAAUCAAAGGAUUUUCUGCUGGAUGAGCCUUCUAAAAUAAAAGUUUUAAAAAAUACAGAAGUUUCCACCCAUGUCUUAGUGUUCUCCAAGGCAGAGAAAAUCGAAGACUCCAAGACCCUAAGGUAGAGGCAGACUUGCUUAUUACCCUCACCUGGUUGCAUCGUUGCAUUGAGCCUGUCUGUGUCCUCCUCAAGAACUGUUUGAUUUAGGCACCUGGCUUUCCGCUUUACCCCGCCCCCUCUCCCCCGACCCACCUUUUCUGCUCGCCUCCCUCGACUCUUUUGAGUCCCGCCCCGAUCCCUCCCUCUCUCCCUCCCUCCCACCCUGCCGCCAGCGAUUCUUAGAUGACCAUUAGCUACUACUUUAGCACAACCUCUACCACCACCUCCGUUCAACGACAAGCCCCUCCCCCUUCCCCCUUCACUCCUAGCAAUCGCCCCACCCCUCACCCUCCCUCCUCCCCAGAUCCUUUCGUUUUCCCCAGCGGCCUGACGUAAGGCUUCACUUUCUCUCUCUCUCGCAGUGUUGUCCUAGUGAGGAACGGGUGAAGAAGCCAAGGGAAGGGGAGUCUUGCAGUGCCACUCUGACAGUGAUACGACUUCUGUUCUUCCCUCCUUUCUCAGUCUUUCAUUCACGGCCGGCUGGUCAUCCACGACCAGAUCUUCGCGGCUGUCAUCCAGGCAGUUUUCGGAGUUCGCUCUUCGUACGUGCGCCUCGCUCGAAUCAAUCCCCGUGACACGACAGAUUUGCCGAACGGAAAGUGAAAUCUCAUCGUAGGCUGGUAAUUGUCGUACUAUAGAAGAAGACAUUAUUAUUCACCUGUGAAACGCGUGAUUGAAUGUGCCAUUAUUGCCUUAACACUGUACACGCAUGUUAGUGCGGAUUCAGAAUUACCAUUCCGGUAUCCUCUUUGGGUUCGACCUCACUCGGUGGGGUUGAGGAGCGAGCAAUGUUGACAAAGUGCUGACAGAGGCACUGGCGGUCCUCCUCAUAUCAUGGUUGGUGCAGUGAACAGCAGGAAAUAUUGCUUGAAAGAAUCGGGGGACGAAGUAGUAGUUGCUGGUGACUCUUUAAGAGAAAAAUGUGGACUUUUACUAAAGUUGAAAGGAAGAAGUGUUGUACAUUUAUUACGCGAAAGCUCAGUAGAGAUGUUUAAGUAUAAUUACUGUUUAGUGAAACAAGAAAACUGAAAUAACUUUGCAAUCUGGAAAAAGUAGUAAAUCCAAUUCAAUUGAUAAAAUGUCAUGGUAUUAAUGUGUCCAAAGAGACAUAGUCAUUACGUGAGCAAAGUAAACAGACGAUAAACUUAGGCACCAUUCAUUAAGCCUUGUCUUGUGCACAGACGCUAGACACCUGACGAUUAUAGAGAUUCCAGCCACUUCCAAAGAGAGCCGCCGAAGCACACAAUCAUGACGGCCAUAGAAGCAAUCACGAUUGCCACUUUGAUCAAGGCGACGCCUGGAACGGUGUUUACGGCGGCGAUAUGGUUCCUGCCGGCGCUGCUGGCUGCCAUCGCCUACUACAAAUACGACGAAAUAGACCCGGAGUCGCGGCCGAUAGAUCGGAAAAACCUCUACAAGGAAUAUGACUUUGUUAUCAUUGGCGCCGGAUCUGCUGGCGCCGUCAUUGCCAACCGUCUGUCCGAGAACCCCUACCACACAGUCCUCCUGCUGGAGGCUGGAGGGGAUGAAACCGAGAUCAGCGACGUGCCUGCCCUGGCUGGGUAUCUGCAGCUGUCUAAAAUGGACUGGCAGUACAAAACUGAACCGCAGGAUUCGGCGUGUCUGGCGAUGUCUGGAGGAAGAUGCAACUGGCCCCGAGGCAAGGUAAUGGGCGGCUCGUCCGUCUUGAAUUACAUGCUGUACGUGCGAGGCAACAAGAAGGACUACGACCACUGGGCAGCUGCUGGUAAUCACGGAUGGGCCUUCGACGAUAUCCUGUACUAUUUCAAGAAAUCGGAGGACAACAGGAAUCCUUACAUUGCCAGGAAUGUGAAGUACCACGGCAUAGGAGGUUACCUGACGGUACAGGAGGCUCCCUGGAGGACACCGUUAGCAACGGCCUUCAUCGAGGGAGGCAUUGAACUGGGUUACGAAAACAGGGACUACAAUGCCGAGUUCCAGUCAGGAUUCAUGACCCAAGGGACCAUCCGCAGGGGCUCCAGGUGCUCCACCAGCAAGGCCUUCAUUAGGCCCGUCCGUCUGAGGCAAAAUCUUCAUGUCGCCAUGCACUCCUUUGUUACCCAGAUCCUGAUCGACCACCACACAAAAAGAGCCUACGGCGUCAAGUUCGUGAGGCACGGCAGAGCUCACGUCGUCUUAGCCAAGAAGGAGGUCAUUCUGUCGGCCGGUGCCAUCAACUCCCCCCAGUUGCUCAUGCUGUCGGGAAUUGGGCCCAAGAAGCAACUGCUUCCUUUGGGGAUCCCACUGCUGCAGGACCUUCCAGUGGGCCAUAACUUGCAGGAUCACAUCGGCACGGGCGGACUUGUCUUCUUAAUCGACGAACAGGUGUCGCUGGUGCAAACGCGUUACGAAAACUUGCCCUCCGUCCUCAAGUACGCCAUGUUUGGCUCAGGUCCUCUGACGGUUCUGGGAGGCGUGGAGGGCAUUGCCUUCGUGAAGACGAAAUUCGUGAACCAGUCGGAGGAUUGGCCUGACAUCGAAUUCCACUUCAUCUCAGGGUCGCCUGCAUCCGACGGUGGGCGCCAGAUCCGGAAGGUUCACGGCUUAAACGAACGGACGUGGCAGCAAAUGUUCAAGCCCAUAUCGUUCCGAGAUAGCUGGUCGGUAUACCCUAUGUUGCUGAGACCGAAGUCCAGGGGUUACAUCACCCUCAGGUCGGCCAGUCCCUUCGACAAGCCCUAUAUCACCCACAACUACCUGACUCACCCGCUGGAUGUCAAAACCAUGGUAGAAGGUAAAUGA